AUGUCUCUUGCUGACAAGGCUCACCAAUGGGAGAAGAGCUUGCCCCAUGGCACAAUCACCACUUGGGAUGAAUGCAAGAAGGCCUUUCUUGCUAAGUUUUUCUCCACCGGUCGCACAGCCAAGCUAAGGAGUGAGAUAUCAAGCUUCAUCAGAGGAACAAUGAGACUUUUGCUGAGGCUUGGGAGAGAUUCAAGAGCUACACAAGUCACUUGUGGAAACAUUGCAAACUCCAAUGGAAGCUAUGGAGAAGAGUAUGAUCGCACCAACCGGAGCUCGACCCACCACUCGAUCGAGUCGACGAAAUUGAGAAAAGAUGUCAAAUCAUUGAAUGAGAAGUUGGAUAAGCUUAUCUUAGCUCAGUCCACAAUGAAGAAAGUCAAUUUUGUGUCUGCUGAAGAGAUGGAACCAGUCCAAGAAGGGGAGGAUACACAAUUUGCUGAAGUAUGUUACAUGAGCAAUGGGCAAGGAGGUUACAACAAAGGAUAUAUAAUUACAAGUCCAACCCAGCCAUGUCAUACAAACACUGAUGUUGCCAACCCUCAGGACCAGGUCUACCCUCAACAACAGCAAGCUCGAUCGAGUCAAGCCCCUCAACAUGGGUAUGGUCCUAAAAACAACUACCAAGGCCCUCAAGGGACUUUUCCUGGUCAAGCUGAUGGUGUUGUGGACACAAGCAAGAAGUUGGCUGAAAUCAACUCCAAGAUUGAGAACCUCAACACAAGAGUGUACUCUCUGGAGAAUCAUGCUUCUUCUGUGCUGCUGCUACAAAGCAAGGACAACUACCUGGUAAAGCUGUUCAGAACCCCAAGGAACAGUGCAAGGCUCCUGGAGUCCAGAUUGAUCAACCUGAAGUGCAGCACUACUGUAGCCUUUCACACUUCACCAGUUGAGCUCGCACAACAAGCUCGAUCGGCAGCUCGAUCGAGUCGAACUCUAGCUCGAUCGAGUCAGAUAUCAUCCGUACUCAAACCGAUUUUGCUUGAUCCUUACCAGCCAGUUGAUCCAUCAUCAGGCCGCCUACUCAGUCAAAGCCAUAAGGAAGUGAUUCACAAGUUCAGAAGAGACCUUAGUGAUUGGAUUGAGUUGCCUUCAUGGAAAGCAUGA